AUGCUCCGAUUCACCCGCCUCCUCGGCAGCGCUUUGGCGCUCACUCUGGCGCUCAGCUGCGUCACGGCGGCCCCGCAGCCGCUCUCGCAGAGUGCGGCCAGACUCAGCAGACGCGCGACCGUGUGCAACGGAGACGCCUCGCUCUGCAGCCGUCUCUACAGCAACGUGACGUACAUUGGCGCGCACAACAGCUAUGCGGUCGGCACCAUCGACGGUGCGUCGACGGGCAAGAACCAGGAGCAGACGGUCACGACGCAGCUCAACGACGGCAUUCGCCUUUUGCAGGUCCAGGCGCACAAGAGUUCCAAUUCGAGUUCGGGCUCGGGCAUUGAUCUGUGUCAUUCUUCCUGCUCGCUCGAGAACGGCGGGACGCUGGAGAGCUAUCUGUCCAAAGUGAAAUCCUGGGUCGAUUCGAAUCCCAACGACGUGCUCACGCUGCUGAUUGUCAACUCGGACGACCUGGCGGUGUCCAACUUUGCUACUGCGUUCCAGUCGACGGGACUCUCGUCGAAGGCCUACUCGCCCGGGACGGCUGCGCUGGCCAAGGAUGCGUGGCCGACGCUCGGCUCGCUGAUCGAUGCGGGCAAGAAUGUGGUGGUGUUCAUCGACAACUCGGCCGACGUUUCGUCCGUGCCGUACAUCCUGCCGCACUUCCAGAACACGUGGGAGAAUGCGUAUGACCAGACGGCGACGCCGUUCAACUGCAGCAUCGACCGCAUCAAUGCUGGCAGCCAGGCGGCGAAUCUCAUGUAUCUGGUGAACCACUACCUCGACACGUCGUUCAGUCUGUUUGGCACUACCGUCUACAUCCCGGACACCGCACAGCUGAGCACGACCAACAGCUACGCGUCGGUUAUGAGCAAUGCCAACAACUGCGCGGGGCUGCAUGGCGGCGUGUAUCCGACCUACGUCUUGACCGACUUCUACGAUUUCGGCAACGGCAGCGUCUUCCAGGCAGCCGCGCGCAUGAAUGGCGUGCAGUAUACCGCCAAGCCCAUCGGCAACGCGACCAAGUCCUCGUCCGGCUCGUCGAGCGGUAACGCCAGUGGCAGCGGCUCCAGCUCAACCAGUGCAAAGGUCCACAUCGGCGCAGGAACAGUAGCCCUGGCAAUCACCUCGCUGGCCCUCGCUUCGUCGUUGCUCUAA